CACAAUCUUGUCCUAAAAAUAAGCCAUAAUGUUUUGUCCCAGAAAAGAAAAAAAGAAAGAAAAGAGAAACAUAUACCUGUUAGAUAAGAAUCUAAAGGGAAGAAGAAACAAAAUCUAAAAAUUAUCUCCGGUUUCUUAGGACACAACAGACUUGUCUUGUUCCUAUUUCAGAGGAGAUGGGAUUUUAUUGAGACAAAGAUUGUGUGGGAAACAGUAUUCCGAAGUUCAAUCUCUUCCCCACAAUUCCACUGCUAAUAAAACAAGCCUCUCCCCUAAUCCUUUAUUCUAGCCUAUCCCUGACAAUGGCUCUAUUAACUAUUCAUCUUUUUAAUUUGUAAUAGUAAACCCUUUUUUAAUUUUUUUAAAAAAAUAAAGAAAUAAAAGUGAAGAAAAUAAUAAAAGAGUUCACCUGAGAACUAGGUUCAGGAUGGCCUCAAGGAGCCUCUCCUAUUCACAACUCCUAGGCCUCCUGUCCUUUAUCCUCCACUUGGUCACAACCACCACCAUGGCCGUUCGUGUUGGAGUCAUUCUUCAUAAGCCCUCUGCUCCAACUCUCCCUGUUUUUAGAGAAGCCCCGGCUUUUCGAAAUGGUGAUCAAUGCGGAACCCGUGAGGCUGAUCACAUUCAUAUCGCCAUGACUCUAGACACAAACUACCUCCGUGGAACAAUGGCAGCCGUUUUGUCUCUCCUUCAACAUUCAACUUGCCCUGAAAACCUCUCUUUUCAUUUCCUCUCCCUUCCUCAUUUCGAGAACGACCUCUUCUCCAGCAUCAAAUCGACCUUUCCUUACCUAAACUUCAAGAUUUAUCAGUUCGAUCCAAACCUCGUCCGCAGCAAAAUCUCGAAAUCCAUCAGGCAGGCCCUCGACCAGCCCCUCAACUACGCGAGAAUCUACCUCGCAGACAUCAUUCCUAGCACCGUUGACAGGAUCAUCUACCUAGACUCGGACCUCGUUGUGGUAGACGACAUAGAGAAGCUGUGGCAUGUCGAGAUGGAAGGUAAAGUCGUGGCUGCUCCCGAGUACUGCCACGCAAACUUCACCUAUUAUUUCACAAAAGCUUUCUGGUCAGACCCGGUAUUGGUCAAAGUACUCGAAGGGAAACGCCCGUGUUACUUCAACACAGGGGUGAUGGUCGUGGAUGUUAACAAAUGGAGGAAAGGAUCGUACACACAGAAGGUGGAAGAGUGGAUGACAAUUCAGAAGCAGAAGAGAAUAUACCACUUGGGAUCAUUACCUCCGUUUCUGCUGAUAUUCGCGGGUGAUAUCAAAGCGGUUAACCAUAGGUGGAACCAGCACGGUCUAGGAGGGGAUAAUUUCGAAGGAAGAUGUAGAACGUUGCAUCCUGGUCCGAUAAGUCUUCUUCAUUGGAGCGGAAAAGGGAAGCCAUGGUUGAGACUAGAUUCAAGAAAGCCUUGUAUCGUUGAUCAUCUAUGGGCUCCAUAUGACCUAUACCGUUCGUCAAGACAUUCGUUAGAAGAGUAGAGGGCAAAAGAGAAAACAUUUUUAACCAUGGCACAUACAUACAUAUAUAUAUAAUAGGAGAGGAGAAGAUACAACAAAGCAGGGGUUUUUAGCGACGAUCAAAGAGAGCCAAACAUUUUCAUUACGAGUGAAAAAAAAGUGUAUUGUUAACACAUUGUGCAUUUGAGCUGAGAGUGUGUUCUUCACAAGAGAUGGUACUAUCAUCAUCAUCAUCAUUCUUUUUUUCACUCUCUUUGACUUAACCUUUAGAAUAUUCCGCGUGUAAUAUACAUAGGUACAAAAAAAAAUUGGAGGAUUAAAUUGAUCAUUCUUUUUUGUUCUAAUUCAAAAUCUCUCUAGUAUCUGAUACUAUAAACAGAGCAUCGAAAUCAUCUAUUCCUCUUUAGAAGUCAUCGAAAUUUCGAAACUUUAUCACAAAACAGAACGAUCCAACACAGACAGAAACAAGCUACACCGUUUCGAAUUCCGUGAUCGAAGUCAUCAUAACGACUACAGGAGGAAAAUUUAGAGGAAUACACUAUUACCUGGAUAAGGCGAUAGACACGUCUAGAUUCUGCAGGGUUCGAGCUAGCUCUUCUACUCCACGGAAACAGUGAUGGCUCUUCUAUACAGUAUUCAUAACCUUUUCUCUCUCUCCUCAGGUCGGGUUUGGACAAAAGAAGAUUUGGUUUGGUAUAUAUGUUCGGAAGAAACAUAGAUUCUCUGAUCGCCGGAUUCGAUUUGUAUUUUCCGGGGAAGAAUAAAUGUGUUUCCUUUUUGUUAAAUCUGCAAGAUUUAUGAGGAAAAAAGGUUACUUUUUUAUUUAUUUAAAUUAGAAUGAGUUGGAGGAGGGACAGUA